GGGCCCGCGGGCACUCUGGGUCCAGUCUGAGAGCGCCCAGGGGAUGAAGCAGCAAAGAAUAGCCACAGGAACAAAAGAACUGAAGGUUGUGGAUUCUUUCGGAUUCUACAGCGGAAACAAAGCAUUGGUUUCCGUAUUUGAGCUGAGGAUGUCUCUACACUCUCUGAUGGUGGCUCUAGCCAUGGCCCUGAUCUUCUUGGACCCAUGCCCUGGCAAUGCAGCCCCUCCAGGUGAACCAGAUGAUGAAGGUUUUGACAUGGAGAACUAUGAUCUCAACAGUGAGACAGACUGGGAGAACCUGGACAUCAACAUUUAUGGAGACAGUUAUGAUUAUGAAGACUUGGACCAAGAGAUUGAAGUGGGUACGGUAGCUCCAGACACUCCUCCACCAGCCAACCAACACACAGCUGAAAACCAUGAGGAGGAGGUGACCCUGCCCACCCUGCCUCCAGCUCCUGUCACCCUGGACUUCAAGGGACCAGGUCUCUUUGGUCCUGAAACUGGACUGGGAAUGCCUACCUGCCUGUUGUGUGUAUGUAUUGGAGGGAGUGUGUAUUGUGAUGACACCGGACUGGAUCAGAUCCCACCACUGCCCAAAGACACCACCCAUUUUUAUGGACGCUUCAACAAGAUUCGACAUGUCAAGAACACAGACUUCAUCAACCUCAAUAAGCUCCAGUCUAUUGACCUAACUGGGAACCAGAUCUCAGAGAUGGAUGAGGAUGCGUUUCGCUCUCUGCUGCAGCUCCAUCAGUUAUUGUUGGCUGAUAACAAUCUGCAGGUAAUGCCUGAGCUGCCAGUCACCAUGAGGCACAUUGAUCUACGCAACAACAGGCUGAUCAGCCGGGGGCUGCACACAGAAGUAUUCAAGGAUAUGAGCCAGCUAGAAUUCCUCUAUCUGUCCAAUAAUAACCUAGAUUACAUUCCUACACCACUGCCACUGAGCCUGAGACUGUUACACCUACAGAACAACAGCAUCCAGUCUUUGCAUGAGGACACCUUCUGUAACCUCCAUGAUCGCAACUUCAUUAGACGCAACUUGGAAGACAUUCGUCUGGAUGGCAACCCCCUGAACAUUAACCUGUUUGCUCAGGCCUACAUCUGCCUGCCACGCCUGCCUGUAGGGAGUCACUGACAGCUGCAAGACACCAUCCCCGCGAAUGCCCCCCAAAAAAAAAUGCAAGAAUAAAAAUUGUUGAACAGAAAUAUAUAUAAUAUGGAUGAUGUGUGAUUUGAAGGCCAUACUGAUCCAAAUAUUUUAAAUACCCAAUACUUUAUCUAAACAUUCAAUGCUGGUUUUUAUUCCAAAAAUGUGUAGUAUGUGGGAAGAAACAACACGACUCAAACUGAUAUCUUUAAAGCUGCAUUAAUUGAUGUUUUUUACCACUGGUGGAUAUCAAGACAAGCUUACUACACAUGAUAUACAACAUACAUGUUGGUAAACAGUUGCCUACUGACACAACUAGAGACACAAAACACUAGCACUCAUAUGGAGUCCUGCUUGUGAACUGGUGAACACAUUUGCUACUAAAUACUCACUAUGUAAUAGCUAUGUUACAGCGAAUGAGGUCCAUGAGAGUUGAGUUUAUGGGCCUGCAAACCAAAACUAAGAGCAGAAAGAAACUAGAAAGUUUUGUAAACCUGAGGGGAACUUUCAUUUUGGUGAUAAUUCUCUCUGUGUUCAUUCUUUCAAGUAACCUUUCACAUUAAACAGUCUUUGAUUUGCUGUUAGUAUAAACACACUGAUAAAUGCAACUUCAGUGAUUAUUAUGUUAAUGUGGGAAGAAAGAGAAAUAAGUUUCCCCUUUUCCCCAUGUUUCAGCUUGGUUUUGUUCAUCUCAGCGUUUAUUUACAGGCAUGUGGUGUAGUGUAAUUGUUACAGGAACAUUUCUUAGCUACGUAUACCAUACAUUAUCCUUUAAUUCUUUAAAUAAUAUGUUGGCCUGUUCAGAGAUACCAUCAUGUAGCAGGCCAUUGUUAAAUACAUUUUCUAGAACAUCUUUUAUGGAAGAAUGUAAUUGUACUUUUUUCUGAAAGUUCACAGGUUUUUAAGACAAAACAACAAACAACUGUAUAUGAAUAGGUAGAUGAGUGUAAGAAAAUGCAUUGAAUAUGUAAAAUGACAUAAUACAG